AUGGUGAAGUGUGUGAAGAGUAUGUGAAUGGAUGUAAACUCCCUUUGCAUUUCUGGCUCCAGGAGGCUUUAUGCUCUUAUGCUAUCCUACACUCAUAUUUCAGGAAAUUGUUACAAAUUUGGGGAGAUGAUGUUCCUCUCUCUUCCUAUCUUCUCUUUAGGGCUUACCCUUCAGGAAGCAAAAGGAAGCACUGAUCCUGAUUGUUCCCUAAAAGCUAAGAACUGUCCACACUCCUCAAGUGUAGAUUUGUAG